AUGCCCCUCCCUCAGCGUACAGCGUCCCUCACCAGGAUCACCAACGAGACUAAGAUCCAGAUCUCACUCUCCUUGGACGGAGGCGCCCUCCCUCCCUUUGAACCAUCCGAACAUUUCCCCGCCCCUGAAGACCCUAAGGAGGCCGAAGCCGCGAAGCACGGAAUUGUCCCUCUCAAAGAUGCCUACCAUGCGACGCAGUUCACCGCGACACAGCAGAUCACCGUGAGCACGGGAAUUGGCUUCCUCGACCAUAUGCUGCACGCUCUCGCGAAGCAUUCGGGCAUGAGUUUGGCCAUCAGAGCCAAGGGAGACCUGUACAUUGAUGACCACCACACCACCGAAGACACCUUCCUUGCUCUCGGAGCGGCCUUCACCAAGGCCCUGGGUGCCCGUCAAUCCAUUGCCCGCUUCGGUCGCGGCGAUGCACCUCUCGACGAGGCCCUCUCGUGGGCUGUCAUUGAUAUCUCCAGCCGUCCCUGGGCUGUGAUCAAUCUUGGUUUCCGUCGCGAAAAGAUCGGCGACCUGAGCACGGAGAUGAUCACGCACGGUUUGCAGAGCUUUGCCCAGGAGGCGGGUGUGACUCUUCAUGUGUGCUGCACCUACGGUGACAAUGACCACCAUCGCGCGGAGAGUGCGUUCAAAGCCUUGGCUGUAGCUAUUCGCACAGCAUGCACCAGGAGGGUGGCCGGAGAAGUCGGUGCAGGAGAUAUUGUCAGUACCAAGGGUGUGCUGUAA